CGUCGCCCCUCUGCUUGCCGGCCGCUCAGCGCCCACGGCCCCUCUCCUUGCCGGCCAUCCUAUCCACGCGGGCUGCCCUAUCCUCGCCCACCGCCGCUGUCCGUGGUGGCCGUGCGCGCGGUCCUUGUCUGUGCCGGCGGCGCCGGUCGUCCGGCCGCCGUCCUUGCCCGCGGCGACAGGGAUACCGGGGAGCAGCCACGACAUCGACUCCGUGAAGCCCCCCUGCAGUGGAUCCAUUGCCACCGUGCGGUUCUUGUCCGCGUCGGCUGUGUAGCCCCUGUGCCCUGUCCUCGCCAGCUGUGAAUUGAUGGACAGACGUUGGAUUCAUGGUGCUUUAUUUACCCCUCAGUGCAUUUGUGGUGUCCGGUCUUUCAUGAAAUUUGUCAAAGAUAGGUUUUCUGAGUCUGAGCAGAUUUUGUGCCCAUGUUCAAGUUGUCUAAACACUAUAUCUUUAGAGCAAAAUGAAGUAGAGAGGCACCUACUGCUCAAUGGUAUGUCCAGCACAUAUACUAGGUGGAUAGAUCAUGGAGAGGAUAGAAAUAUUCAUGUUUUGGAGGAAGUAGCAGAAGCUGAGGAUGCAAAUGAUGUUUGUUUUGUACCUGAGCACACCAAUGGUGAUGGUGGACUUGAAGAGAUGUUAGAUGAACUAGUCACUUCUGAAACACAUAGAAAUGAGGCUAGAACUAAAGAUGGAAAUGAGGGUGCUGCAUCACAUUUCAAAAAGCUGAUUGAAGAUGCUAAGCGUGAGCUAUAUCCUGGUUGUAUGAAUUUUACAAGGUUCACAUUUGUAAUCAAGAUGCUCCAUGUGAAGUCAUACUAUAGGAUCACUAACUCAGCAUUUUCUGCAAUUAUGAAGAUUUUGUCAGAAGCUUUCCCACAAUUUAAUACUAUUCCAAAGUCAUAUGAGGAAGCAAAGAAAAUGCUUCGCGAGUUAGGACUUGGUUAUGAAUCAAUUCAUGUGUGCCCCAACAAUUGUGUGUUAUUUAGAAAAGACAAUAAAGACAAGGACAAUUGUCCAGUUUGUGGGGCAUCUAGAUGGAAAGAUCCUGGGAGGAAGAAGAUUCCAGAAAAAGUAUUGCGGCAUUUUCCAUUGGUCCCUAGGCUGCAAAGGAUGUUUGUUUCAAAGAAAAGAUCAGAGGAAGCACAGUGGCAUAAGUUGAAGAGGAAACACAAUGAGAAGGAAAUGACCCAUCCUGCAGAUGGAAAGGCCUGGGAAGAUUUUGACAACCAUUGGCCUGAUUUUGCUCAAGAUGCACGAAACAUAAGACUUGGACUUGCCACAGAUGGUUUCAACCCUUUUAGCAACAUGACUUCAUCUUAUAGCAUGUGGCCUAUUUUUGUGAUUCCAUAUAACUUACCACCUUGGGCUUGCAUGGAUGAAUCUAAUUUCAUGAUGGCUUUGUUGAUUCCUGGUCCUAGGUCACCGGGGAAGGCCUUAGAUGUUUUCUUGCAACCUCUUGUGGAAGAACUACUUCAGCUAUGGUCUGGUGUGGACACUCUUGAUGCUAUCACCGGACUAGAUUUCAAGCUUCGUGCUGCAGUGUUGUGGUGCAUUCAUGAUUAUCCAGCACUAAGUACCCUAUCAGGCCGUACCACAAGUGGUUACUUUGCUUGUCUCCAUUGUGACCAAAAUCCGUUGUCAUAUGCCAUAAGGAGCAAGCUAUGUUAUAUUGGGCAUUGUCGUUUCCUUCCUAAAGGUCAUCGUUUGCGCAGGGACAAUGAAUUUGCAUCCAUCCAUGACAGUAGUGUGAAGCCAGCUAGUUUCACCACACAAGAGCUGCUAGAAGAAUUAGAAAAGGUUAGAGAUGUUAGAGUUGGAGAGAAAAGGAAGCGUUCGGGCAAUCAUGUCCCAAUUUGGGGGAGAAGGAAUUGUCUGUGGGACUUACCAUAUUGGCCAUCUCUAAAGCUUAGACACAAUCUAGAUGUCAUGCAUAUUGAAAAAAAUGUGUGUGAAAGCCUCCUUGGUACCAUUUUGGACAUAAAAGGGAAGUCAAAGGACACAGUUAAUGCAAGGCUCGACCUAGCUGAUUUGGGUAUUAGAAAGGAGUUGCAAUUACAGAAUAGUGGAGAUUCAUAUGACAUGCCCAAAGCGCGAUAUACGCUGUCUAAGACUAAAUUUCUUGCAGGAGGCCAAGUUUCCAGACGGAUAUGCUUCAAAUAUACAAAGAUGCUUAAAUGCUGACUCACUGAAGUGGCAAGGCCUAAAAACUCAUGACUGCCACAUUCUUUUGCAAAGGAUUAUACCAGCUGGGUUGAGAGGGCUUUUGGAUGAUGAUAUAUAUCAAACACUUGCUGAGUUGGGCAAAUUCUUUAGGGAAUUGUGCAGCCAAAAACUAAACAAAGAUGUCUUGGCUCGAAUGAAGACUGAAAUACCAGUCAUAUUGUGCAAGCUUGAGAAAAUCUUCCCCCCUGCUUUUUUUGAUGUCAUGGUUCACCUUGCUGUCCACUUGCCUGAUGAGGCCAUCCUCCGUGGGCCAGUGCAGUUUGGGUGGAUGUACCCAAUUGAACGGCGCUUGUAUACAUUGAAGAGGUCAGUUAGGAACAAGGCACGCCCAGAAGGCUCAAUUGCAGAGGCUUAUGUGGCAGAUGAAGCCCUCACAUUUGUCUCGAGAUACAUGGAUGAUGUAGAGACAAGGUUUAAUCGGCUUCCAAGAAAUGUUGGAUUUUCAAAUCCUUCAGCCUAUACUGUUGAUGUUUUUGGGCAUGGUGUUAAUCUUAUUGGUGCAUGUGAUCUUUCAUACUCCGAGGAACUUGAUAAGAUGGCUUGGUAUGUUUUCCAUAAUUGUGAUCAGGCCGACAAGUACAUAAAAAUGUUUGAAGAUGAAUUAAGAGCAUCAGGGGUGCAAGCUGCAGACCUUGAAAGAAGGACAGAGCAUGGAUUUGCAAGUUGGUUCAGGAACUAUAUGUGGAGGUUGAAUGCAUCAGAAGAUGUAGAUGAUGACAUAUUUGCCCUAGCUUGUGGUCCUGACCUUAGAGUGAGAUCAUACUCCACAUGUAUUGUCAAUGGUGUGCGGUUUUGCACCGUUGAGCGUGACAAAAACAAGAAGAUACAAAAUUCUGGUGUGGCCUGUUCAAGCCCGUAUGGAAGUAAGAUGAUGGAUUUUUAUGGUACAUUGAAAGAGAUUAUAGAGUUAGAGUACCAUGCCAAGGACGAUGGUGGAAAAAGAACUGUUGUUCUUUUUAGAUGUGAUUGGUACAAAUUGGAUGGUAAGAAUACUGCAAUAAGGGAUGAUGGAUUUUGUAAAAGCAUCCAUAUUGGCAGCUUGUGGUACAAGAAAGACUGUUUUAUUUUGGCAAAUCAAGCUACACAGGUAUUCUAUUUGCCAGAUAUUAGGAAUGGAACAAAUUGGCGGAUUGUGCAGACAUUUAAGCAUCGUCAUUUGUACAAUGUGUCCGAAAUAGAUGGUGUCGUAUCCACUGCUGCACCCUAUCAAGAGCAGACAUGUGUUGUGGACAUUGGGAGAAGACCAGAAGUUUCUGAAAUCUUGCCUGACAUGCCUUUGAACAGAGUUGAUGAGGCUAGCCUUCAUGUUGAUUCUGCUGAGGUUGCUCGACUUAGAAAGGAGAAUGAAUCAACGAGUACUUAUGAAGAUGAAGAGGGUGAUGAGAUUGAGGAUGACACACUGAUGGAGUACUUGAGUGAAGAAGAAACUGUCCCUGUUGAGGUUGACAGCGAUGAUGAGUAGUUUAGCAUUUGCCUUGUAUUGUGUGUAAUAUUUUCCAUGUUUAGUACUUGAGUACUAGUGAACUUAGCAUUUGACAUGUACUAGUUAAGAGCCCAUAUUGGCUGUAUGAGACAUUUCAGUUCGGAAU